AUGGUUGCAUUCCCUGGAAAAGAAGAAUUACAGCAGUUCAUCAGAAAUAAAAUAAAACCAACGUUUUGUGGGUUCGUCACAAAAUUUCAAACCAAAAUUGCUGAAUGGUCUCUGGAAAUCGAUGCUUCAACUGCCCAAGCUCUGCAUAAAAUUUGGGUCACUCGUUUUAAUAGCACUGUUAGAGAAACCAGAAAAGAUGUUCCCUUAAAAACUGCGAAAUUUAACGCUGAUACGUGGAAUAAACUAUUUGAAGAGAUAUCAGUCUUGAGAGAUUUUGAAACAGACAGCAGAAUAGAAGGCCAAAAGCUUGCAAAUAAGAGUAUGAAGAACGCGUCGGAGAGCUCUUUGAGGAGACUGGAGCAGAGGGGCUUAGAAGGCAGAAACAACAAAAAAGAAGUAGAUGGCGUUUCUGAUACAACAGAAGUGGAAUAUGAUGAUAUUAGUAGUAGUGAGGAAGGAUCAGACAGAGAAGAAGAAACUGAUGAUAAUGAAGAAGGAAGCGAACCAGUCGAUCAACUAUAUAAUUUAUAUUAUAAAAAAUUUAAUAAGCAAGAAUUUGAUUAUGAAGAUAAAGCUUUUUUAAAGCAGAUGACGAAGAAAAAAAACUGUGUAAAAGAUAAAGUGCAUGGACUGGCAUCACAGUUGUUGCUGAAGAAAACCGCAGAUGUUGAUGAUGACAUGAUGCUGAAAUUGUCUCUAUCAAAUAUUGUUAACUGUAUUCAUCCUGAAUCUUAUGAAAUUUUAAAAAAAACAUUGACGAGGAAACAAAUGGCGGCUAUCGACAACGUGAAUAUGAAGCUAUACGUGGGAUUGUCAAAGGAAGAUAAGAAGCUAUUGGAGAAGGUAUUGAAAAGUGGAGGUGAUGAGGACGAUACCGACAGUAUGAUUAUAGAGAUUUUGAAGGAGCAACUCAAACUUAGGGAAGCAGGCUCAAAGAACAGUGAUGCGUACAAGUUGCUAAACAUCCUUAGAUGCAUUAUUGAAAAUCUUGAAGACUACUCAGAAGCUGUUAGUGAGUUGACAGCAUACCGACACUGUGCAAAGCUCUUGGAUUGUCUUUUUCGUGGAACAAAAUUGAAAAUACUAGAUGGUGAGCCUGGUUGUUUGGCCGCAAAAGAGCAGAUGAUCACUGUAGUGGCUAUGGAUCUUAUUGGUAAUGCCGGCUACAUGUAUAGCUUAGAAGAAAAAGAAGGAUUAUAUGUUGCAAAUUUGAUCGAAGAACUUUCCCUCCCCACAACCAAGGAAGCGAUUAAACAUGUCUCAGAGACUAUCAAUACACUUUUUAAGUUUAAGAAUCACUUGGAAAAACUGGUUACCGAAGUUGCAGAAAGUUCUAUAGUGAGAUUACCAGCGUCGAGAUUGAAAGGUGUUACUAGAUUGAGAGUACAUCAUGAGGAGGCUUCCUGUAAAGUCCCUCGCGUUAUGUUCUCGCCAAAGGCAAAAAAAAGAAAAUUGAAUCAACAUACCUAUUAAAAAUACU